UAAAAUCUUGCUUUGGUCGAAGACAGAUCGUCGACGUACGAGAAUAUUGUAAAUUGAAAAAAUGAAGAUAAAAGAAGAACCUUCGGAUUUUACGUUCGAACCAAAGUGUGAAGUUCCUUUAAACAAUUGCAAGAAAGAGUUUAACACGGAAGACGAGAAGUUUUGUAAAACAAUUAAAUCGGAACCUUUAGAAUAUGGAGGCGACGAGGAUGUAAAGAUAAAUAUCGACGAGAAGUCCAUUUUGGCAAAUAACCGAAAUCUUUGUGAUAUUUGGAAUAUGACCGGUUACGAUAAAAUAAGUAUUAAGAAAGAAGAAAUAAAAGAGGAGUCUGAUAUUAAACACGAUAUAAAACAAUGUAAAGUUGUUUUGGAAAGAUUGAAUUUUAAAUUCGAAAGUGCACAUUGUAAAGAAAUUGUUCGUCCCAAAGAGCGCCUUACUUCGAAGGGUGGUUUAGAGCGGCACGGGAGAACGCGCAAAUCUCAUCGAUGUAACAUAUGUAACAAAGAAUUUAAACAGAAAUAUGGAUUGACAUCUCACGAAGUAACUCAUAGUGACCAUCGACCUUUCCAAUGCGAUAUUUGUAAUAAGAGGUUUAAAAGGAAAGGCGAGUUAAAAAUACAUUACGAAAUUCACGGUAAUCGACGUAAGUAUUCUUGUCAGACAUGUAAUAAACGUUUUAAAACAAAAAACUGUUUAUACGGUCAUAAACUCGUACAUAGCAGUGAAUACAAGCAUUCUUGUGAUAUUUGUAACAAAUGUUUUAAAAGAAAACCUGAUUUGAAACAGCAUAAAAUCGUACACAGCGAUACAAGCAAGUAUUUUUGUAAUGAAUGUAAAACUCGUUUCAAAUAUAGAAAAACUUUUGUUAAACAUUGCUUUGUUCAACACGAGAAUACGUUUGUGUGCGGAAGUUGAAAUAAGUAGUUUAAAACUGAAAGUGUGACGAAAGCUCAUUCCAAUACUCACAUUCCACAGUGUGAUACCUGUAGAAAGAGAUUUUCGUGUAAAGUUUCUUUAAUUCAUUAUCAGAUAAUUUAUUCUGGCAAAAACUACCUUCCGCGGUCGUUUUAAAGCUAAAUCGGAGUUAAAACGUCGCCAAAGUAUCGGCAAUAAGGAGAAUUGUCUGUGUUUGUGAGAUAACUAAGAAAGGAUUUUUAGUUAUUGGCUUGUUCGUGUGUAAAAAUCGUAACCUCGCAUUAACUAAAUGCAAUUUCGGUUUAUUUUCAAGUUUUUCUUAUCUGUAUCCUCGAUUUCGGCAUUAAAAUAUCUGAUUCG